AUGGCCGUGCUGAUGGAAACCAGCUUGGGCGAUCUGGAAAUUGACCUCUAUGUCGACGAUUGUCCCAUGGGUGUCGAGAACUUUUUAAAGCUGUGCAAGUGCAAGUACUACAACUACUCGCUGUUUCACCGCGUCGUCUCACACUUUGUCGCUCAAACAGGCGACCCCACAGGCUCGGGCCAGGGCGGCUCCUCUGUCUGGGGCCUCAUUGAUGGCGAGAGCAAGCGCUUCUUUCCCAAAAAUGAUCAAAACCGAUUCAAACACACACGUCGCGGCCAGCUGAGCUUUGUCAAUGAUGGAAACAACCGUCAUGGGAGCCAAUUUUUUAUCACGCUUUCCGACCGGCUCGACUCUCUCGAUGGUCAUCACUCUGUCUUUGGCGAGGUGGCCGAGGAGUCUUUUGCGGUCUUGGAAAAGAUCAACCGCGCCGUGGUUGACGACAAGAACCAGCCCUAUCAAGAUAUUCGCAUCCGCCACACGAUUGUUCUGGACGACCCCUUCCCUGAUCCAGCGGGCUUGCCUGUGCCAGACAAGUCACCGCUCCCCACGAAGGAACAGAUUGAGGUUUGCUGGCCUUGCCCAAGCGCUGCUCGUUCACUUGCUGGGCGCAUCGGCGAAGAUGAAAAGAUUAACGAGUUUGAAGGCAUGACCGAGGAGGAAGUGGAGGAGAUCAUGCGCAAGCGUGAAGCUGCAGGUCGCGCACAGAUUUUGGAAAUGAUUGGUGAUCUGCCCGAUGCUGAUGUCAAGCCGCCUGAAAACAUUCUUUUCGUGUGCAAGCUCAACGCGGUCACAACAGACGAGGAUUUACGCUUGAUCUUUGCUCGUUUUGGCAAAAUCCUCAGCUGCGAAAUCAUCCGUGACUGGAAAUCUGGCGACAGCUUGCAGUACGCCUUUAUCGAGUUUGAGAACGCCGAAGAUGCCGAAGAGGCUUACUUCAAGAUGGACAACGUUUUGAUUGAUGACCGGCGUAUUCACGUGGACUUUUCACAGUCGGUGGCCAAGUCCAGCAAUUAUCUGUUGCCUCGUGGCUGGAAGCUUGGUGGCUCCAAGGUGCGCAGCAUACAAAACGCCUUUAUACGUCAGCUUGCAACACUCGGUUAA